AUGGAUGAAAUUGCCGACCCAGCAGAACUACGCAAGGCUUUUAAUGAUGGUCACGCAAGAAGCUCCACCCGAUGCUAUAGGUGUAAGACCAAGAGACUGAAAUGCCGAUACGAAUUCCCGACUUGCACCAACUGUGAAGAAGAGGGUCACGAAUGCCUUGCCUGGGUCAAAGGACUUAAUAAACCGGUUCCACGGAGUUUGGCUCUGUAUCUUGAAAAUAGGGUUGCCGAGCUGGAAAUCAAACUGGCAGAGUUAUCUGUGGAUAGAAUUUUGGACAAAUCAGAAGAACAGGCUUUGACAUUUGCCAGGUACGCAGCAACACCGUUCAUUGAUGCUUUUGAGUCUUCUGAAUACGACAGAGGUGUUAUCAACUUCCCGUUCCUUUACUUUCGGUCAAGCAGCUUACCUGCUCCCUUCGACUCGAUGUUGGAUAACUCGGAGAGAGGGAACAUGAAACGUUUCGUUGAGGAGCAUCCGCCGGUCGAUCUAUACAGUAUUCCUACCGAUGUGGUACAGAUUUUGAUGCAAAAUUAUACCAGCUAUCAUCAGCCUCAGUACCCUAUCUUGUCCAAAUUAGAACUCAAAGAAAUAGAGGCCAGGGUUUUCGAGUCCCGAGACUCAGCUGAUUCGUAUGAUUAUGCAGCUAUCUCAAUUGCUCUGGCAAUUUCAGCAGCUACCCUGACACACAAAGGAGAAAAGAAAAGUUUAUCAUCUUCCAGCGUUCUGUUUUCCCAAGCCAUCAUGCAGCUCACGCAUACAGUCUGGGGGAAUAAAUUGAAAAAGCUUCAGAUAACCUUACUCAUCGCUCAUUAUGCCUUUGCAAACCCAUACGCAGCUGAUAUUUGGUACACCAUCAGAGAAUGCCUUAGACUCUGUCUUGAUCUUGGACUGCAUAAGGAGGUGGAAAUGGAAACAAGCACGAUGAUAGACAUAGAUCUUCGCCGCAGGCUUUUUCUGGUCACAAGCUCCAUGGCGCGACAUCUGAGCUCAGUGCUGCGUAUCGCAUUUCCAAUACCAGAUAGUCUUAUUACAGUGGAGAAACCGGCUACGGUGGAUGAUUCUUUUAUCACAGAAAGAGGAAUCGAUCUCUCUGGUCCGCAAACAAAAGCUGCGGCCCUUCAUUUUUCUCAAUUCAGACUUUAUGAGACAGAAGUACACGAAGUUCUUUGGCUCAAUAAGGAGCUGAACACCGACGCAGAAGAGUGGCUGGAUGAAAUGGAGAGCAAGGUCGAAAAAUGGUAUCUGAAAGCAGAAGAAUUUGCCAAACUCAAUCAAUUACGGUUCAGGCUUAUUUGCAAGGCAUCCCUUCAGACUCGUCUACGCAGACGUACUCCUCGGAUUACCAACCCAUCUCGUCCGUCAUACGUCAAACUAGUGAACUCGCUUGUUUUGCUGAUAGAUGAAUACUUGAGAGAUUCCAGGAGCGGUCAGGUGUUCUAUCUUUUAAUGGGAGUUCACUAUAUUGAGGAAGCAGCUGUGAAUCUAGCAGAUGUUAUAUGGACGCAAAGUGACUGGAUACUAGACUUUUUUACGCCUGAUUUUCUCGAUUCCAAGUUUAAAGGAUGCCUUGAUUUGCUUCUUCGAUUUAGUGAGCGAUGGCCAGAUAUAACCCGUGGAAAGAUGAUUCAGACCUUGACGGACAUAUAUUCCAAAGCUUCGAGACUACUAUUUGCAAUUGCAAAGAAAAGGUCAGGCUUCGAAAGUCUUGAAAGGGAUACUGAAGUGUCAGCCCAAAUCGAGCAAUUAAUGUUUCCCCAAAAUGAUGUCCUAGUUCCUGAAGCAAGUUUGCAUCUUCGUGGAACUAAACCCAGUAACGUUUUAAGCUCUGAUUCUAUGCCUGGUAUGCUCUCGGUCAACAAGCAAUCAAGCUGGACUGACAGUUUCAAUGUUGAUGGUCUAUUGAACCUGGAGGAGUACGUCGGCUUACAAGAUUGGGUCUAG